AUGACAUCCGUUUUUAAGAAUGGGCGCAUUUUCAUGCCCUCGCAAGACUCGAAUAAUGAGAACUUUGCCCAGAGCAUGAUCAUCGAGAAUGACAAGAUCUCCCACGUCGGCUCUCUCGAUGGAAUAACCAUUCCAGAAAACGCAAAUGUCAUUGACCUGGAAAAUCGCACCGUCAUUCCAGGUUUCAUCGACGCCCAUGUACACAUCUUGCAGUACGGGCAAUCAUUGCGCAAAGCCAAUCUUAUCGCCUGCACCACACUUGAUCAAAUCCGUCAAGCUAUCAAAGCUUACGCAGAAGCCAAUCCAUCUCUGCCACGCAUAUUGUGUACAGGCUGGAUCCAAUCAUCUACCAAUGGAAUCGCACUAGCAAGUAUGCUGGAUGGUAUCGACCCACGUCCCAUUUUUAUUGACUCCUUCGACCUCCACUCCAUGUGGUGCAGCGCGGCGGCUCUUGAGGAGAUGGGAGCUCAUACGGCUCCCGAUUUUCCCGGUGGAACCAUCCACCGUGAUGAAGAUGGACGAGCCUCCGGCCUACUUGAUGAAUCUGCUGUUAUAAGCCUUGCAUGGCCUUAUCUAGAAAGUGUGACCUCCACGGAAGACAAACUGAGUGCGUUGGACACUGCAGUUGCGACAUACUCCGCGGCCGGGUAUACUGGACUCGUGGAUAUGGCCAUGGACGACAAAAUCUGGGAAAUUCUGAAUCUCUACCGUCGCGAUCAUACCAUCCCAUUCCACAUCGGCGCACACUGGCUCGUUCCCUUCUCAGAGGAUCAAACCGCCAACUUCAAACACGUGGAUCGAGCAAUUGAGUUACACAACCAGUUCAACGAGCCCGAUUUCCACGUCCUCGGAAUAAAGCUCAUCUGCGAUGGUGUUGUCGACGGAUGCACUGCCGCUCUCCUCCAACCGUACUCUGGCAAAUCAGAUCCCGUCGAUCCAAUCUGGCCAGAGAAUAUGCUCCAAGAAGUCGUCCAGCGCGCCGACUCAGCAGGACUGCAAUGCGCAAUUCAUGCGAUAGGCGAUAAAACCAUCCACCAGGCAAUCAACGUGCUGUCGAGAGUCGGCACGCCAGGCCGAAGACACAGAAUCGAACACCUGGAGCUGACAACCUCGGAAGAUGCCAAAAGACUUGGCCAGCUGGGUAUCACCGCCUCAGUCCAGCCUGUGCACUCGGAUCCUAUGCUUUUCAAGGCGUGGCCUGGUCUUGUGGGCCCCGAGCGCUGUAAGCGUGCCUUCGCUUAUAAGGAUUUCCUGGAUGGGGGUGCUCCUGUUGCUUUCGGAACGGAUGCCCCCACUGCGGCUCACUUCCCUUUCCCUAAUCUUUACAACGCUACCACUAGGCGCUCGGCACUUCAAACCGAGUCUGAUGAAACUUUAAACGCACAUUUCAGGUUGGGGUUGGCUGAGGCAGCUACGGCAGCUACUGCUGGUGCGGCUUAUGCGCGGUUCGCUGAUUCCUGGACUGGAAGUCUGCGGAGGGGCUUAAGUGCAGAUUUCUUGAUUGUUGAUAUGCAGUGGAUGCCGGAGAAGUUGCUUGAGGCGCGUGUCUGCCAGACUUGGUAUCGGGGAAAGAAGGUUUUUGAUUCGACCAGUGAUUGA